AAAACAGCUGCCCGGCAUCUCAACACAGCAAGAAAGUGCCCAACCCAGCCGAGAGGAUAGGGACACUGGUACCCAGCAAAAAUGUCCGACAAAACCCCCUUCGAAACAGAUAUGCUGACACUCACGCGGUUUGUCAUGGAAAAGGGACGGCGAGUCAAAGGAGCCACCGGGGAGCUGACACAGCUGCUCAACUCCAUGCUGACUGCCAUAAAGGCCAUUUCCUCUGCAGUCAGAAAGGCGGGCCUUGCCCACAUGUUUGGCAUAGCUGGCACCGUGAACGUGACGGGUGACGAAGUGAAGAAGCUGGACGUCCUGUCCAACGCCCUGGUGAUUAACAUGCUGCAGUCCUCCUACAGCACCUGCGUCCUGGUCACGGAGGAGAACAAGGAGGCGCUCAUCACCCCGAAGGACAAGCGGGGUAAAUACGUGGUAUGCUUCGACCCCCUUGACGGCUCAUCCAAUAUAGACUGCUUGGCACCAAUAGGAACCAUAUUUGCUAUCUACAAAAAGGAAACGGAUGACGAGCCCUCUGAAAAAGAUGCUUUGCAGCCCGGACGCAAUAUUGUUGCUGCAGGCUAUGCCUUGUAUGGCAGCGCUACGCUGGUCGCCCUCUCCACAGGGCAAGGAGUGGACUGCUUCAUGCUUGAUCCGGGUCUCGGUGAGUUUAUUUUGGUGGAUAGAGAUGUUAAAAUCAAGAAGAAAGGGAAGGUUUACAGUCUCAAUGAAGGUUAUGCAAAGUAUUUUGAUCCUGCAAUGACAGAAUACUUACAAAAGAAGAAAUUUCCCGAGGAUGGCAGUUCCCCAUAUGGUGCCAGGUACGUGGGCUCCAUGGUUGCUGAUGUUCACCGUACAUUGAUGUAUGGUGGGAUCUUCAUGUAUCCUGCUAAUCAGAAGAGUCCUAAAGGAAAGCUCCGACUUCUCUACGAGUGCAACCCUAUGGCUUUCAUCAUCGAGCAGGCAGGUGGGAUGGCGACUACUGGGACUGAGGCGGUGCUGGAUGUGAAACCUGAGGGUAUUCACCAGAGGGUUCCUCUCAUUCUCGGUUCUCCGGACGAUGUGAAAGAGUACCUCGCUUGUGUACAGAAACACCAGAAGAGCAGCUAAAGGCUUUUCUACUUCAGACCUUGCUCAUCUGUCUUCAGUGUACAGUAAAAACAGUACCUUUCAGGAUGGUGGAGUCUAGCAUUUUAACACCCAUCUCUCAGUGAAAAUCCCACUUAAUGAGGGCAAGAGAAAUAGCGAGAAUGGCUGAUGGGAAAUACAAAAGUUUCAUUUCUCCUUGCAGACAAAUGUAAAAAUCCUCUAACUCUGAUUUAUGUGUUGCAAAUGUAGAAACAAAGGCCUAAUUAGUAAACAAGCUACUUACUUUACAUAGUACUAACAGAAAGAAGGGAAUGGUAUCAGUACCCCUAUCUGAUCUGACAUUACAUUUUGGCAUUGUUUGAGACAGGAUUUUCAUAUAAACAUUUGCAAUGCCACUAUCUGGAUUUUCUUUUCUUCAGAGGUUUUGUUGCAGGUGCUUUUUAUCUUGUCAGCCCUGAGAAGACCAAAAGUCUUGUGCUGUGUAAUUAAUAAAGAUGAAAAAGCAGUUACAUUG